AUGCCGGCCAGCAAACAUCCUGUGAAGAUCAACGUCGACCUAGGAGAAGGAUAUGGUAACUUCAAGUGUGGCCCAGAUGAGAAGCUGAUUCCGUUGAUCGAUCAUGCCAACGUGGCAUGCGGCUUCCACGCUGGCGAUCCUUUGAUCAUGCAGCAGACUGUUCGUGAAUGCAAGAAGCACAACAUCGCCGUGGGUGCACAUCCCGGUCUGCCUGACAUCCAAGGCUUCGGCAGAAGAGAGAUCAAGAUGUCACCCGAAGAGCUCACGGCAAUGACAAGAUAUCAAGUCGGCGCACUCAAAGCCUUCCUGGACGCUGAGGGAAUGCCUUUGCAUCAUGUCAAGCCACAUGGAGUACUCUAUGGCAUGAUGUAUAGAGACAAGAAAGUCUGCAGGGCAGUAUACGAGGGUGUACCAAAAGGAACCACCGUCUUUGGCCUAGCGGGAACUCUUCACGAAGAGGUCGCUACAGAGCUUGGGUUACCUUUCGUUGCGGAGCUAUACGGUGAUGUUAAGUAUAGCAAGGAUGGAACGUUGGUCAUCGACAGGAAGAAGAAACCCUGGAAGCCCGAGGAAGCUCAAGCACACAUCAAGAGCCAAGUCGAAAAUGCGACCGUGACCGCCGUUACAGGCGAAGAGGUGCAAUUACCGAUCGGCGACCACAAAGUGUCGCUCUGCUGUCAUUCAGAUUCGCCUGGGGCAGUCGAAAUCGUUACUGCAGCCCGCCAAAUCGUCGAUCAGUUCAACAAGAAGUAUUUCUCGUAGUCAUGAAGCGGCCAAGAUUUGAUUUUGCCAUCGCUGAUAGUGUCACCUCGGGUGCCAGAAAAAGCUGCACUCUAAACCAGCAAAAAGUCGAGGAACACCAACAAAGGUUGCCCUCUUUGCCACGACACCACGCAACAACGACUUGAG